GAAGACCGCUGCAAGGUCCACCGUCCCCCGUCUGACCUCCCCAUUCUUUCUCCCCAGGUUUUAAUCAUCCUCCUCCUCCUCGCCCUCCUGAUUCCCUCAGCGGAAGACGCCGGCGCGGUGCUGGUCUUCCCUGGUCUCCUUUGCCGCUACACGGAGGCGGUCGUGCCGUGCCGGCGGCCGCGGGGUGGGGGCAGAGCAGCCAUGUACAGAUCGGCGGGGGUCGCGAUGGCGUGGAAUGUGUUCCGGUUCUGCACGGUGCUCAGGGGGCUGGGCUCCAUCAUGAUCCUGCUUGUACUCGCCAUCGUCGGCGUCACCUACUACGCCGUCGUCCUCUGCAACUACGGGCCUGCUCUCCUCGCCGGCGGCGCCACCACCCUUGCCGCGCUCGCCGUCCUGCUCCUCUUCCACUUCCUGCUUGCUAUGCUUCUAUGGAGCUACUUCGCUGUUGUGUUCACCAACCCUGGUUCCGUUCCACCAAAUUGGAAUCUUAAUUUCGAUGCGGAGAUGGGAGAAACUGCUCCCCUUACUAGCUCAGAGUUCAGUAGCCAGAUGAAUUCACAGCAAUCUGUGGCUCUCAGCAAUACGGGAAAUCCAAGGGUUAGGUACUGUAGGAAGUGCAACCAGCUGAAGCCACCUCGGUGCCAUCAUUGCUCUGUUUGUGGAAGAUGUAUUCUUAAGAUGGAUCAUCAUUGUGUAUGGGUUGUUAAUUGUGUUGGGGCAUUGAAUUACAAAUACUUUCUUCUCUUCCUGUUUUACACCUUCCUCCAGACGAUGCUUGUCACCCUCUCUUUAUUGCCUCACUUCAUAGCCUUUUUCAGUGAUGUUGAUAUCCCAGGAAGUCCUGCAGCACUUGCAACCACAUUUCUCACCUUUGUGCUCAAUCUGGCCUUCUCCUUGAGUGUUCUUGGUUUUAUGAUUAUGCAUAUUUCACUUGUUUCUGCUAAUACAACCACGAUUGAGGCAUAUGAAAAGAAAACAACUCCACAUUGGAUGUACGAUCUUGGCCGGAAGAGGAAUUUUGCUCAGGUUUUUGGAAAUGAUAGGAGAUACUGGUUCAUCCCUGCAUACUCAGAAGAGGAUUUGACAAGAAUGCCAGCUCUACAGGGCCUUGAUUAUCCUGUCAGGGCAGAUUUCGAUGGGCAAGAACUGUGAUGGGGCAAUUUUACCUGUGCUCUCUUCCCAUUGGUAGUGUUACCGGGAUACGGGUGCGGGAGUCCGAGUCCGACUCGGGUGCGGAUGUCCGACUCGGCAAACUCAAGAAUAUAGGAUUCAGGGAUUCUUCUAAUGUAUAUUAUUUUUUUAUUUUUUUAAUGUUUUAAAUCUAAGUAUAUGUUAUAAAAGAUAUUUAUAACAUAGAGAUCUACCUCUUUUUUAAUACACUAGAAGGGGAAAUAAAAUCAUAGUUCUAAUGUAGAAUCAAUAGUUCAAUACACUAUAUUAGGCUAAAAAGAAAAUAUAAAAGAAAAAAAUAUGAAAUGAGCUGUCAUUUAUUCAUUGGUUGGCCCAUCCCCAUCCGGCUAAAAAUCACACCCUAACUCCUCCGGUCGGCAGCCAUACAUCACACGCUCGUCUCCCCCUUUCCUCCGCUGCCUCCUCCUUUCCUCCCAUGCCAUCGCCUCUUCCUUUCCUCCUCUGUCGUUGCCUCCUCUCCUCCCUGCCGUAGCCUCCUCUUCUCCCCACGGCUUGGAUCUGGGUGACGGUGGCUCGGAUUUACGCGUGACGACAUGC